GCUAAACUUGGAGAACAAUGGACGAGUGCUGCUUGUCUCCCGAAGAAGAAGAGGGCCGGAGGAUAUCCAGAGAAAUAGAGAAACAACUUAAACGGGAUAAACUAAACCUUAAACGGGAACUGAAGUUGCUGCUUUUAGGAACUGGUGAAAGUGGGAAGAGCACCUUUAUCAAACAAAUGAGGAUCAUUCAUGGCAAUGGGUACAGUGAAAAUGACAGAAAACAAUUCACUCGCCUUAUCUUCCAGAAUAUCUUCAUAGCCAUCCAGACGCUGAUUGAUGCCAUGAAGACUCUAAAGAUUGGCUAUGCUGAUUCCAAAAAUAAUGGGGAUGCGGAGAGACUGAGCCAAGUGGAGGAUAUGGACGUUUUCACAGGCUGGCAGGUGGACGCCGUUAAGCGAGUGUGGAAUGACCGUGGCGUACAAGAGUGCUAUGACCGUAGGAGGGAGUACCAGCUAUCAGACUCUGCCAAAUACUAUCUGAGUGACUUGGACAGAAUUUCAGCCCCAGGAUAUAUCCCCACUGUACAGGACAUUUUGAGGGUCCGCGUAGCAACGACAGGCAUUAUAGAGUACAUGUUUGAUAUGUCAAAGGUCAUCUUCAGGAUGGUGGAUGUAGGGGGCCAGCGUUCAGAGAGGAAGAAAUGGAUCCAUAGUUUUGAAGACGUCACUUCUGUCAUAUUCCUGGCGGCUCUGAGUGAAUACGAUCAAGUCCUUUAUGAAAACCAGAACGAGAAUCGACUACGUGAGAGCCUCGCCCUGUUUCAGACAAUCUGCAGGUCUGAUUGGUUUCAUAACUCUUCCACCAUCCUUUUCCUGAACAAAAAAGAUCUUCUGGAAGAGAAAAUCACCAAGUCAGAUUUGGCAACCUACUUUCCAGAAUAUACAGGACCGAAGGGCGAUGCCAAUUCAGCACAAAGGUUUAUCGAGAAGCUGUACGUCCAAUUCCACGGCAAGGAUUCCAAACCCCUCUAUACACACUUUACCUGCGCCACAGACACGGAGAAUAUUCGGGUUGUCUUCAAAGCUGUCAAAGACACACUCUUUCAAGAUAACCUUGAAAAAUUUGGCAUUGUAUGAGAGAAAACCAAGUGAUGACUUUUAUUUUCUGUAGCCCAAAAGAACAAUUACAAAUACAUGUUGCAAUGUUUCAAUAUUAGAAUACUGCCAGUCUCAGGUUUUUUAACCAUAAAGAAAUGAGUAUCAAAGGUGAAGGUGUUUUUUUUCUAUGUAUUGAAUAACAUAAUUUUAUUAAAAUACCAAUGUGUCAAAGUAGUAAAUUAUGAAACAAUUCCAUGAAAGUUAUACAGUGAUAAUUAGAAAUAUUUAACCUUGUCACCUCAAUACAUUAUCCUAAUGUGGUUAAAAGAUUAUCACCAUAAAUAGCACCAAAAAAAAUUGACUAAGCAAUCAAAAAUACUUACUGAUAAUACCUCAGAAGAUGACUGAAGUUCAAUUGAAAAGUUUAACAUUCAUGUUUCCAUCCACCUGCCAUGCAAAUUUUGAGCAAAAUUUUAAAAUGUUGCAAAAAAGAAAGUGCAAAUUUGGCGAGUUUCCACUUAUUGGUUUGAAGUGAAUCAACUAGGCCACCUAAAGCUUAUUUUCGUCAGAUGUUGACGCUACGCAAAGUUGUAAAAGAAUAAAAAACUUGAUUUGGAGUUUUACUCCAAGUCAAGUUUUUUUUAGUGAUUCAACUAGAUGGCCUAGUUGAUUCACUUCAAACCAAUAAGUGGAAACUCACCAAAUUUGCACAGUUAUUUUGCACUGUAAAGUUCAAUAAACAUCCAAGCUGAAUUUUGUCAACAGAAGUAAUGUCAUUGCUCUUAAUGUGGCCUGGUAUUUUCUGGAAUCUAAGACAUAAAAAGUUAACAAACAGAAAAAAAAGAGCCCCACAUCAACAACAACCCACCUCCAUGCUUGACACGGUUAUUAUUCUUCUAGUCUUAAUCCUGGCCUUUCUCAAACCACGGAUCCAAAUGUCCAAACGUUUGCAAUGUGACAAAUUCCAGUUUGGUUUUUAUCCAUUUACAAAACUUUUGUCUCAUCCAAAUUCCUCUGACAUGUUCUGGGUGACCUUUGAUGAGUGGAGUGUCUGUUGGAGUCGGGCCACGACAUCCUCUUGUAUUCUUUGUAUGACUUGCAGUUGCCACAGUCGCAUUUAUGCCAAACCUUAUCAUAAGAUUAGUAUGCUUAUUGAGGUCUCUUAUUUUGGAAUGACCGAGUAAAUUUAUGUUAGUGUAUUGGAUAAGACAUUACAGAAAAUAAUCCAUGAAAAAUACAUUAAAAUAGAUUACUUUGGCAAAAGGGUACAUUUGGUAUAAUGUUUUUCUUCCUAAGAGAUUAUAAAACUUAUUUGUUUUGCAGAACUGAACACAACACAUUUGGGCAUAUUAGGUCACCUAUGUUUACAAAAUGCAAAUCAAUAAGAACUGGUCAUUCUUCUCAGACGUUUUAUGCAACUUCUUCAACAACAAUGUUAUCAGACAAGUUUGACUAAGUUCAACUUAGUAUGAUACAACACUUCCUGCUUAACAGCUUUAAAAGGAGAAAGUAAAAGUAUCCCCAGCAGACAGCUAAAGCACAUAGUCUUUUUUCUCUCUCCUUUAAUCAACGGUGAUGACGGGAGUUUUAUUUUAAAAAUCCUUUUAUAUGUGUUAGUCACCACUAUCUUUUGAAAAUACAAAUAAUAAAGCUUCAUGUUGUGUAUGCGUGUGUUGUAAGACCUGAAUUAAAGUGCGUCUGUGUCUGGUUGUUUUCCAUUGUAUGUAUAUAAAAAUACAAUUUAUUUUAAUUUACAUUUUUUAAAGGAUAUGUGAAGGAUUUGUGAUGUUUGGAUUUUUAAAGCAUGUGUAACACAGAA